UACUCCCAGCCUUUUCUCGUUUACACAGAUGUGGAACCCGAAGCUAGCGCUGGUGCUGAUAGCAGCCUUAGUUUAUCAUUCAGACGUGUCUUAAUGGGAUGUGACGCGAGCUUUCCGUCAUCAAAGUGUUAGAGAACACGGUUAAUGAACGCUUUCUACUAGUCCGAGGUAAUGGUAGUGUUUUUACGGUCUCGAGACCGUCAGCUUCGCUUCACGGGGUAGAACUAGCUUAGCUAGCCGCUAGCCCCAUCUCAGCCGGUCAGCGACGAAACUAGAGAGUAUGUUUUUUCAAAUUGGAACAUUUUUAUCUUCGCAAAAUUACAGGCUUUUUUUUUAAAUUAGGAGUUUCCCAGUUAGCUAACUAGAUAGUAAAGCUAUUAUUUAAGUCUGUCUCCAGAGCAAGGGGUAUUGAAGUGGACCGUAGGGGUGUGGACUGGUAUGAGACAAAUAUUUAACCAGUUAACUAGCCAGUGGCUAGCUAAUUAUUUGGUGAGAAGCUAACUGGCGACUUGAACGAUGUUGUCCUCACUUGGAAUCUGUGAGCAGAAGUGCCUGGCUACAGUAAAGGGACAUGAGCUGAGGGCGGGGCAACGAGAACCCCGACUCUUGUCUCUGCUGGAGAGUUCAGGACAGUUCACGUUGAGUGUUUUGGCAAAUCCCGAUGCAGUCAUUUCCAGUCCGGUGCCCCAGUUGUCCAUACCAAUCAAUAGGCAUUUUCACGUAAUACGUGAAGCCGAGGAGGCUCUUCUCAUUGACCUCUCGAUAAGCACGACGCUUAGGAUCCGUAUUCGAGGCGAGCAAGCUCCAGAGAUCCUGUUGGAGUUACAGGAUGAUGAGCGCAGUCAGACAUUUUUCCAGCAAGUGAUGAAGGCUAAGCACCAAGUUGAAGGAAAAAGUUCACUGCCGAAGAAGAUGGAGCCUGCUGUUUCUGCCCCACCUAAAAGCUCUGUCCCAGUCCCCCCUCAGAGAAGCAUCUCUAAAGCAGGAAGCAGUUCAUCUAGGACCAUGCUACAAGGCAAUACCAACAGUAACACUCAAGGAAAGCCCUUAACAUCUGAUUCUGUAGACUCUUCCUGCCAACUGGUGACAGACUUUGGUUUUGAGGAUCAUUUUAACCAUGGCCUAAGAGUAGAGGAAAAGAAGAAUAGACAAAAUCGGAUAGUUGCCCCAAGAGAAGCCCCUCCUCCACCCACACCUCCUCUUCCUCCUCGGAAAGGCAGUUACACUCCCUCUGUUGCCCCUGCUGCAGGCCUACCUCCUAAAGAUAGACCUCCUCAGUUACAAAUGGCCACACCUGUCAGGCAAGAGCACAAUCACACUACAGAUCGAGCCACCUCUUGGUCUAACAGUCCAACUACACAAACCAUGAGGCAGGCUAUGUUAAGUAACCAGACAGGCCAGAGAGAGGGCCUUCUCAAAUACCGUUUGGGAAAGAAGGAGAAGGAGUAUGUGGACAUCCAGAACUUUAGGCUUUUUGCAGGCACUUGGAAUGUGAACGGUCAGUCUCCUGAUAGCCGGUUGGAACCCUGGUUGUUUUGUGAUCCUGAGCCUCCUGAUAUAUAUGCAGUGGGGUUUCAAGAAUUGGAUCUGAGUACAGAAGCAUUAUUGUACAUGGACUCAUCCAGACAGCAACUGUGGGUUGAUGCGGUGGAGCGGAGUCUUCAUCCCAAAGCCAAAUACAGGCAGGUACGCCUUAUUCGGUUAGUUGGUAUGAUGCUGGUGGUGUUUGUCAAAAAAGAGCACAAAAACCACAUAAGUGAAAUUGCUGCUGAGACUGUCGGAACUGGCCUAAUGAACAAAAUGGGAAAUAAAGGAGGUGUGGCAGUGCGGUUUGUGUUUUACAACACCAGCUUUUGCAUUGUGAACUCCCACCUGGCAGCUCAUGUCGAAGACUUUGAGCGACGCAACCAGGACUAUAAGGAGAUCUGUGCCCGCAUGAGCUUUCACCUCAUGGAGCAUCCACCCCUCAGUAUAGUCAAACAUGAUGUGGUAAUUUGGUUGGGAGAUCUGAACUACAGACUGUUUUUAAAUGAAGCAGCUCAGGUGAAGAGGCUCAUUGCGGAUAAUGAGUUGCAGAAGCUUCAGGAGUAUGAUCAGCUGAACAUCCAGAGGCAGACUAAACGUGCCUUCACUGACUUUAUGGAAGGAGAAAUCACUUUUAUCCCCACUUACAAAUAUGAUGCAAAAUCAGACCGAUGGGACUCGAGUGGCAAAUGUCGAAUUCCUGCCUGGUGCGAUCGUAUUUUAUGGAGAGGUAACAAUGUCAAGCAGUUGUGCUACCGCAGUCAUAUGGAGCUGCAGACUAGUGACCACAAACCUGUUAGCGCUGUUUUUAGCAUCGGGGUGAAGAUGGUAAAUGAACAGCGUUAUAAGAAGGUAUUUGAGGAAUUAGUUCGUGAUAUGGAUAGGAUGGAGAAUGACUUUUUGCCCUCUUUGUCACUGACUCAAAGAGAGUUCCACUUUGAGAAUGUGAAGUUUCGCCAGCUACAGAAGCAGAGUUUUCUUAUUACCAAUGACGGUCAAGUGCCCUGCUCAUUUGCCUUCAUCCCCAAACUCACAGACUCUCAGUAUUGCAAACCCUGGUUACGAGCGGAUCCCAACGAUGGAGUUCUUGAUCCUAAUGAGACCAUGGAGAUAUCCUUGGAGGUGUAUGUGAGUAAAGACUCAGUAACACUGCUCAACUCAGGAGAGGAUAAAAUUGAGGACAUCUUGGUGUUGCACUUGGACCGGGGGAAAGAUUAUUUCAUCACUGUGUCAGGGAAUUACCUGCCCAGCUGUUUUGGAACAUCUCUGGAGGCGCUGUGUCGUAUGAAGAAACCCAUCCGCGAAAUUCCUAUUACGAAGCUCAUCGACUUGGGAGAAGAUAGCUACAUGGAGAAGGAGAAAUCCAAGAUGAACUUCCUGUUGGACAGUGGCAACACAGAGGACAAACCAUUAAAGAUCCCCAAGGAGAUCUGGCUGCUUGUCAACCAUCUUUUCACCAAGGCCUGUCACCAGGAGGACCUUUUCCAGACCCCUGGCCUGCAGGAUGACUUGCAGAGUAUUAUUGACUGCUUGGACACCAGUAUUCCAGACUCUAUCCCUGGCAGUAACCAUUCAGUAGCUGAAGCACUGCUGAUUUUCUUGGAGGCUUUGCCUGAGCCGGUGGUGUGUUAUGAACUCUAUCAACGCUGUCUCGAAUGCUCACAUGACACUCGUCUCUGUAAACAGUUAAUAUCACAGCUUCCCAGAGCACACCGCAAUGUGUUCCGCUACCUAAUGGCUUUCCUGAGGGAGCUGCUGAAGCAUGCAAUCGACAACAACCUCACUGCCAACCUUAUAGCUACUCUCUUUGCAAGCCUUCUCAUCAGACCGCCACCAAACCUCACAAGCAGGCAGACCUCAAACGAUCGUCAGAGGGCCAAUGAUUUCAUCUUAGGCUUCCUAAUGGGCAGUGAUGAUGACUGAGGAGCUCCAGAGAGAUCAUGGGUCAUAACCUUUCAUCCAGUCGGUGCCCUGGUGAUAUGAGAGAGUGAGUGAGUGAGUGAGAGAGUGAGUGACUUAUUAGUCGUAGAGCCCUCCCUGCACUACCAUACCUGUUUGGAAAAAUGGCAGCACCUCAUUUGCACAAACGCUGCGAUUGGCUCUAAUAUUAUUUUGUUUUAUUAGAGCCUGUCCAUUGCUUACAUGAAGCAGUUUCAGGUCGAACUGGUGUCGCUCUGAGCUCCAUAUUAUUUGGCCUUAAGGCCUUUAUAUGAGGAUUUAUGUAUCAACUUUUUUUCUCUCUCUCUCUUUUCCUUUCCUUUUUAGACGUUUCACUUUUCAGAAAAUUUAAUGCCAAAACCAAAAACUGUUUUGUGUGUGUAUGUAUGUAUGUGUGUGUGUGUGUGUGUGUCACCUGUAUCUGAAGAACGUCAAUAUGAAUUGACCUGUACACUAAAUACAACCAAUAAGGACAAUUUUGACUGCUGCAUUCAUUUUGUCAGAUUUCAUGUCUGUUGAGGCACCUUUCACUUUUGCCCCAAUCCAGCUAGCAGUGGACUGUGUGAGUUUACCAUGUAACUACUGAGAGUCUAUUUCUCUCAGUUUGGUAUUAUUGGUUGGGGUUAUAUUAUUCUUGAACGGUGACUUUGACAAUCGUUUGCCUUUUGAAGGAAGGCUUUCUGUGGCAGUGAAUCACAGUGAGUCACAGUGGUGUUUAUCCGUUGUAGUGUAAACAUGUAUUUAUAUAUUAUAUGUUCUUUUACUCUAUUUCUCAUUUUGUCCUCCAGUUGACACUGGGGAUUUCUUAAAGCUCAGUAAGAUAUCCCUCCUCAAUCACAUUUAAUUGGAAUUUAUUUUUAGACCCAUCUGUCCUUGUUCAUCAUGUAUAACUGUCAGUGGCGCUUGAAUACUGUAGCUCCUCCAUAGUUGAACUCAGCAUUUUCUGGACAGUGCUGCUAAAGUGCUAUUAAACAUUGUGACCGUGAACCUGGAUCCUCACACUGUGGAUCAACCGGACACUUUACACUCCAGAGAGCUGUGGUGUAUGGCACUUUUGUUCAUUUUCAGCAUGUUUCUAAUGGUUUAAUCACAGUCCAGUUAUGAGCUUUCUGGUUGUCAUAGUCUUGAUGUCUUACCUGAUGUAAAUGUAUUCUUGUUACAUAAUGGGAGUUUUCUGUGUUGUCUUCACUUUUAACACUGGUGCAACUGGUCUCCUGUUUUCUAAAGUCUGAUACUAUCUGUGCAGUAACCUAAACCAUGCAAACUGUAUAAGAUAAUCAUUAGGGGGAUUUUCCUUUGUUCUUUGUUCCUUUAAUAGAAAGGUAUACACCCUAAUAGCUCCCUGGGGCGUUGCUUAAAAAAAAUUACAUAUACUGUAUAUAGUUCGCUAAUCCAUAUAUGCAAAUUCUGUCUCUAGUCAAGGUCUUUCUCUGUAUUCCAAACCAUACUAAAACCUGUGUUUGGGUUUGUCAUGAAAUAUUACGUAGAAUUAUAGAUCCUUAUCAUGCCUACUGUUAACGAGUUAACCCAAGGUUUACUGAAUCAAUUCCUAAUUAUAUUUUUUAAGCUAAAGAGGAAAUAAGGAGAUCCUUUUGACUUGACCUGAUGUAGUUUGGCCAGUCAUUGGAUUUGUCCUGCACUGUGACAUUUAUGGAUUAUAGAUCCGGGAUUAUGUAACAUAGUAAAGUCAGAGUAUACUGCCACGUCACGUAAGUAGAAACCAACUUGUUCAGUAAAACCUGUUGUCCCUGAAGUUAGCAAUGCAAGACACUUGUGGUAUGCCAGCUAUGUUAGAACAGGAAAUGAAAAAGACAGACUUUUGACUUUUCAACUUGUUUCCACAGCUCAAAUAAAAAACCUUUUUUAACUGAAUUUAAAAGAGUAGUAUCAGCUAUUUCUCUCUUCAAAUGCUUUCAUCCCGACAGUGUAAAAAUGAGCAUGAUCCAAUGCCACAAGACUCUCAGCUUUCACAUUCAGCUCCCUCAGAUUGCUUCAGACACAGACUUGCUGAUCUCUGCUGUCUGACCAAUUAUCAGUUUUUUCAAUUUCAACAAGCUUUAUUGGCAUGACCAUAUACAUGUACAGUUCUGCCAAAGCACUAUGGCAAAGAAAAGAACAACUCUUAUUAACAAACAUAUUACUUAUAACAUUGAGUUUCCAUAGGAACAUAGAAAUGUCUGGCAUUUUUUCUAAACCUGUGUCUGGGGAUAAAUUUAGUCACGCUCAACACUGGGCCUCUUAUUUUGUAACUUCCUCAAAAAUAGAGGUCAUGCAUAGAUUCCUGAAAAGGGCACAGCAGUCAGCUUCUGCUUUUCUCAAAGUGUGAAGCACUUGCUCAGCUUUGCCAGUGCAUGUCGACACUGGAUGGGAGACGCUCUAGUACUCAGUGAUCUGAGAUUUGCAAUGAAAUGUUCUUUAUCUGGAAGUCUGCUUGCUUGUGACUCCAUUCCUCCUCAUCAAGCUCCCUGGGAAAACAUAAUUGGAAGGUUACUAAAUUGUAUUGUCCCCUGUCUUGCAUUCUAUUUCUGUUUUCAUGUGUUGGGUUCUGCACUGAUUUGACUUCUAAUUAUGGUACAUAUGCAACUUGCACUUCUCUCAGUUUUUUUUUUUUUUUGGUACUUUUAACUUAUUUAAUGGAAAUAAAACUUUGAAACCUAA